UAUUAAUAUCUUGUAUAAUUUAUAAUGUUUCAGAAUGGACAGGAUAUUAAGAAAAAUGAAUGUAAUGUGGCGAUGACAAGUCUGAUUUUGGAAAACGCAGAUUUGAACCGACUUUUCCCAAAAUGUCGGCCUAGGGGUGGUCCACCCCCGAGUCCGGGGGCCUCUACACAGAUUAAUCAGCCGCAUGAGAGCCUCUGUCAAAAAGAGGCCGUUUCUAUUACCACCAGCCUCACAAAUAUUUCCGCGACGACAUUCACGAACACUCUUACGAUUACUACCCUUGCAAUUGCUUCCAAGAACACACUUUCAAAGCAUUCACGUCCGAUAUCUGAAGACAUGAUCGAUCUCGAGCGUGAUAUCUCCGAUAGGACAACGAGCAUGGUAUCUGGUUUUACAGGUGAAAGUCAACUAACUGUUGGUGUCAGUGGUAACACAAGCAAUGUUCCACUUGGAACAUUUAACUCACUUGGUACAUUUAACACAAAACCACUUUCUUCAAGUUCCUCAUCUACCUCUGGACGUAGUGAGGAUGCGCAACAAUAUGGAAGUCUCCCAGGUAGUGAUCAUCAGAGUCACUCUCAGCAAGAUGAUAGUGGACCUGAGGAAAGCCCUGUAUACAUUUUAACUUCUGCUAAAGGUGAUCGCAGUUAUAAAUUAAGAGAUUCCAGAAUUAUAGAAAUUGCUGGUGGACGAGAAGUUUUUUCUCAAAGUCGAGGUAAAGUAGCAGCUAGAAAAUCACGAUUUCUUGCAGCAUCAAAUUCUUUAAAUAAUGAAGAUAUUCAAAUAGACAACAAGCUAUCAGUUAAAAGAAAUAAUAAAUCUCCAAAUACUCAAACUGUAUGGGAGUUAAGAAGCCGAUGUGGUGAUACAAGAAAACAGCGUUCUAAUAGAGAAGUUACAGAAACUGUAUUUUCUUCAGAAAUACAUUCGGUGCGACAUAAAGCAAAAUCUAUUGAUUAUGAUUCCCCUAAAAGCAAUCAGAGCAAUCGUAUUAUUAAUUAUGACUCAAUUUUGAAUAGCAAUAAUGUAGAAUAUGAUGUGUCAAAAAAUACUGCAGAUUUAGAUUAUGGAUUGUCAAAAAGCUGCAUAGAUUAUCAAUCAAGUCAUACUACACCAGCAAGAAGCAUGGCUAUUGUUAGUGAUGGUGAAGUAGUUGUUUUUGAUGAUAUUGAUGAUAAUUGGCAAAAUUUGCCACUAGAUUUAACUAAUAACACUAAUCAAGUUACAUCAACUAAUUUAAAUCUUGAGACUGAAGGAUCUCAAAAAGGUUGCAUUCCUCCAGAACCUUUAAGUUCUAGCAUUGAAAGUACUCCAAGUCCAACAACAGCGUAUCAUCGUAAUACUUCGGAAUUUUUUAAGGUGAUUCCAGCUAGUGAUUGUGAAGUAGAAUCAUCAUCUUCAGAACGAAAUCAUAAAGUUACAAGAGUAAUUGGUGAAUUACCAAUAGCACAAUAUUCUGAAAGUCCAAGACGUUAUGGAAUACGUGAUACUCAACUUCCAUGUCUUCUGUCAUCGCCAUCUGUAUAUAUGACACCAAGACCUGGUUUUCCACAAAGAAUAUUACCAACAACACCAAAUCAUAAUGAGAAGGAACAUACUUCUACAGAAAUCAUUGUAGAAAAGGCUGUGGUAGAAACAAAUAUGAAUUAUUCUGAUAAUCAUGCUGUAAAUGCCUCUUCUCCAUCUCCAAAAAUUGAAGAUGAAGAAGAAGACUCUUUAAAACCAUCAAUUAUUUCAACAGAUAAUAUAAGUAAUUUAGUAUCAUCUGGUGGUAGUACAUUUGAUUAUUUAUAUGAAUUCUCAGAAACUCGAAAAGUACUUGAAGAAUUUUUUAAAUGUCCACCACCAACAAAGGAAAAGGAAAAUAGUAUUGAAUCUUUUCCAUUUCAGGAUCUAGAUUACGAAUUACGAAGACAAGGAGGAAGCGCUUAUGUUGGUCAACGAUUGGCUACUGGUCCACCAACAAUAGAAGAAGUUUUAGUACAUGAAUCUCCUAAAAAACAAAGAUCAGAUUUUCCCCAAAAUAUUGCUGAACAUGAAAAUAAUUUCUUAGAUCUCUCAGUAGGCACUGGUAGUAGUGAAGAUCUCGGAGAAACAGAGGUUGGACUACAAGUUGGGCACUCUCGCAAUUUUACAUUGAGUCCUGAAACAACUGAUUGCGAUAGUAAUUGUGGAGAUCUUGAUAGUGAAGUUUCUUUAAUGAUGAUGGAUAAUGAAUUGAUACCAGCUAGUGGUCUUCUUGGAUCAGUGGGUGAUUUAGGAAAUAAUUCAGAUUCAUUGAGAAUAUAUGCUAGUAUGCCAGUUCUUGAAGAUGGCUUAUCUAGUGGACAUGCUAGUGAUACUGAUAAUAAUAAUCCAACUGUGAUGUUAAUGAAGCGGCAAAUUAAUGAAAUUGAAAAAGAAAUUAUUCAACGUAGUCGUGUCAAUGAUACUACUUAUCCAGUUACAACAGAAAAUGAUUCAAUUGGAAACGAUCUUUCUAGCUUAACUGUUAGUAAAGAUAUUUUACAUUCUUUAAAAACUUCAUCACCUGAUUUAUUUAUUCCUAAAAAAGAAAAUUCAUAUGAUACAAAUGAGCUUCAGCUUGAUGGUUUGGAUCCUCUUGGCACGCCUCCACCUCCAGCACCUCAGGCUAGACAAAAUGUUAAUCUGGAAAUAGGAGGUGAAGUUGAAGCUGCAAUUAAAGACAUUAGAAUGACUUUACAGAGAACUAAGACUUUACCUGUGAAAUCUUCUACAGAAGAAAUACCUGAAUCCAAUGUCAGUCCAAUUUGGAUACCAAGUCUAUCGGAUGGCAGACGGAGAAUUUGUGUAGAAAAUAAUAAUGAAGAAUCGGAAAUUCGUCGUACGACUGAAGAAGCAGAUAUAGAAAUUGAGGAAGGUCCAGAUGAAGAAGAAGCAGAUACUGACCUGGAAACUGAUCGUUUACUCGGACAGCAAAGAACGGACGAUCAGGGUUUUUAUGAUGAUAAGGGGUGGAGGAAGCCUAAAACUAGGACAAUGUUACCACCGAUGAGUGGAAAACUAUCAACUCCUAAGCAAACCCCCCCAAAAAGUCUAAGUGUCGUUCCAGUAGAGAAUUCAUUAAUACCUUCGGAACCAUUAGCUUCGACUUCCACUUGUGUAUCCACUUCCGCUUCUGCUUCUAUUUCACCUCCUCCUAUAGUUUCCGUUAUACAAUCAACGCCUUCUGAUUGUGAUGUUACCACUUCCACACAAUCUGCGACAAGUCCACAGAAGACAGCCAAAAAUUCUCCCUCGUCCCCUCAGAGUCUCAAGGAAUCCAGCAACAAGGUGAAAAAGGAAAAAGAAGAGAAGAAGAAAAGCAGAAAUAAGGAAGGUAAUGAAAACUAUUUCUAUAUUUCUCUUCUCAACGAUUCUUCAGUCUUAAUUGAAGGAGUGUUGUUUCGAGCUCGAUAUCUGGGAUCUACUCAACUUGUUUGUGAAGGAGAGCCUACCAAAUCUACACGUAUGUGCCAAGCAGAAGAAGCUGUAUCUAGGAUAAAGGUAUGCUUGUCACUAUCAUAUUCUAUGUUUAUAUUUUAUGCAUAAGUUUUUUUUUUAUAAUUUUUCUCAUCUUUAAAAUUAUAUUUUUAUUUCUUUAAUAUCAAAAUUUCUUUAAUUAUUCCACAUUAAAUUAAUCUAAUUUGGAAACUAAAUCUUUGAAAGCAUUUCCUCAUGUUUUAAUAUUUUAAUCAAUUGAUAUAU